GCGGGCCGGAGGUCGCAUGGUGUACCGCUGUGUUAAUGCCAGGUCACGUGCCUGGGGAGGCUGGUAGAAUGUCUUAUCGCACAAAUUCAGUGACUCGAUCACAGUAAACACGACGUCGUCAUCCACCGGCGUCGUGAUCCACAGACGUCGUGAUUCACCGGCGUCGUGAGCCACAGACGUCGUGAUUCACCGACGUCGUGAUCCACAGACGCCGUCAUCCACAGGCGUCGUUAUCCCACAGACGUCGUGAUUCACCGGCGUCGUAAUCUAUGGACGUCGUGUCAUCAAGACCUGAGAACUCUGCCAGUUACGAGACAAACUUGGUCAAACAAAUCUCAAGUAACGAUGCGCACUUUGCGAUGCGCGCGCACGAACACAGCACAAGCGUGAGGAUAAACAUAUUGUUGUGUGAACUAAUGUGAACAGGGCAACCAUAUCUCCACUGUUGUAUUUUUAGAGUGGAGUGCGAUAGUGUCCCCUCGAGCCCCUGUGAGAGUGACCACCAGUUAAGAGAUAAUGAAGUGACACGUAAUGUUUGUUAUAUCUCUUGUCAGUCAUAUCUGAUGAGCAGGCAGCCAGCGGUCGCCAACGCUCCUUAAUCAUCACCUGUCCACCUCCUCCUCCUCCUCCCUCGUCACCUGCGCCCUGGACUACUCAGCGUGACCUCUCCAUCAGCGUCUUAACUAUCCAGAGUUACUAUCGACAAGCUCCGAGCAUUAAGAAGAAACGUCCCAGAUUGUGUGGCAGACGGGUGUGUGUCCUGUGUUGUGGCCCACUUCGACUACCACAGUGUUAACGGCAGGAUGGGGUUGACGGUGCUGGUGACGGGCGGGGCCGGCUUCGUAGGGUCGCACACGCUGGUGGAGCUGCUGGAGGCUGGCCACCAGGUGGUGGUGGUGGACAACUGCUGCAAUAGUGCCGGAGCCGACCAUCCAGGGAAGCUGCCGCCCGCUCUUGCUCGAGUCUCAGCCAUAACCGGCAAGACCAUCGCUGCCUUCUACAUGGUUUCCCUCCUGGACCGCGCCGCGCUCGGCAGAGUCUUCGCGCAGCACCAGGUGGACGUGGUGAUUCACUUCGCAGCCCUGAAGGCUGUUGGUGAGUCCGUGAAGAAGCCGCUGGAGUACUACACCAACAACGUCGCUGGCACCAUCACCCUCCUGGAGGUGAUGCGUGAGGCGGGAGUGAAAAAGGUGGUGUACUCGUCGUCAGCCACAGUGUACGGGACGCCGCAGUACCUGCCCACGGACGAGCGUCACCCCACCGGCGUCGGGCUCACAAACACCUACGGACGCACCAAGCACAUGUGUGAGCACAUUAUGAAGGAUCUAGCAGCCGCGGACAAGGAGUGGCGGGUGGUGGUCCUGCGGUACUUCAACCCGGUAGGGGCCCACGAGUCGGGAAGGAUCGGGGAGGACCCUAGAGGGACGCCCAACAACCUCCUCCCUUACAUCGCCCAGGUCGCCGUCGGGAAGAGGGAACACCUUUAUGUCUACGGUGACGACUACGACACUCCCGACGGUACAGGUGUGCGGGAUUACAUCCACGUGAUGGAUCUGGCACGGGGCCACGUGGCAGCGCUGGAGAAACUCUGCAGCCAGGAGUUCCAUGGAGCAGCUGCCUAUAACCUGGGCACUGGCACUGGCGUCUCAGUUCUCCAGAUGGUCGAAGCCUUCGCCAGGGCCAGCCAGAGAAAGGUGCCAUACAAGGUUGUGGGUCGACGUGAGGGCGAUGUAGCCACCAUGGUGGCCAGCUGCACUUUGGCCCAAGACCAGCUGGGAUGGACGGCCACCCGUGACCUGCACCAGAUGUGUGUGGAUGCUUGGAGGUGGCAGAGUCAGAACCCCAAUGGCUAUGAGUAGCAGCAGGUGUGGAAGCAGGUGUGGGAGCAGGUGUGGCAGUGGCAUCAUCAGUGACUGUACUACACUGUGAUGCCUACAGCUGACACUCGCAUCAGCUGUACAGGAACGACUUCAACAUAACACCCAUCAGCUGAUCAAACUACAAUGUCAACUGUACAAUGACAGUGUUGCUGUGAUCACUGUACAAUGAUAGCCCUACCUUGCGGUUACCUUGCGACGAUUUCGGGGCUUAGCGUCCCCGCGGCCCGGUCCUCGACCAGGCCUCCUGUGAUAUAAUGACAGUACUACUCUGACAACUGUGCAAUGAUAGCACUAUGGAGACAAAUGUUCAGUGACAGUGUUGUGGAGACAAUGACAGCGCUAUUAUGACAGCUAUACAGUACAAUGACAGCUGAACAUUACAAUGACAGCUGAACAGUACAAUGACAGUUGAACAGUACAAUGACAGCUGAACAGUACAAUGACAGUUGAACAGUACACUGACAGCUGAACAGUACAAUGACAACACUGCUCUGACAACUGUACAGUACAAUGACGACGCUACUGUGACAACUACACAAUACAAUGACAACACUGCUGUGACUAAACAAUGAGUGAUAUGAUGCAGCGGCUAAACAUCAACAAUGGUACAGGUGCCUGGGAGUGUGUCGCACAUGUUAUCCUAUAUACAUAUAUAUUUGUAAUAUAAAAGUCUACAAUA